GAAUAUGUUAGACGGUGGCAAGGUAAGCUAAAGGUGCGGACAAAAUUUUCCUUAUCUUAAUCCAACUGUCUCUCCCAUUUGUUUUCUUGAAAUUUCUCUUCCAUUCCAUACAACAUAAAACGUGUCAGAAAAUCUGGACACAGACCCAUGGCUGCCACACUCAGCCUCCUCAGACUUCCAAUCUUGUCCUCCAAACACCACCAAACCAAACCCAAGAUUCCAAUUCCUAGGAAGAAGAAGCAUUCAGUUACUCUUGUUCCACAACAAUGUCAUCAAGAUUCUUACAAGCUCCCCCUCCAUGACACCAUUGACCACCUCAGAUCAGCUUCUAUUCCUCUUACAGCACUCGCAUUUCCUUUCUUUCUUGAUGCCAAGGAUGCAGUUGCAGCAGGUGGAGAGUUUGGGAUUCUUGAGGGAAGGAGUUUUGCACUGAUUCAUCCCAUUGUGAUGAGUGGUUUGUUUGUUUACACUUUAUAUGCUGGUUAUCUUGGAUGGCAAUGGAGGAGAGUUAGGACUAUACAAAAUGAGAUUAAUGAGCUGAAAAAGGAAGUUAAACCUGUUCCUGUGACACCUGAGGGUACCCCUGCAGAACCCCCCAAGCCAUCUCCUGUUGAAGCCAAAAUUCAGCAGCUUACUGAGGAACGAAAGGAGUUGAUCAAAGGUUCAUACAAGGAUAGACACUUCAAUGCAGGUUCAAUAUUGCUUGGAUUUGGGGUGUUUGAGGCAAUUUUUGGAGGUUUAAAUACCUGGUUUAGGACAGGGAAGUUAUUUCCAGGGCCUCAUUUAUUUGCAGGGGCAGGGAUUACAGUUCUGUGGGCAGCUGCAGCAGCCCUUGUACCAGCAAUGCAAAAGGGGAGCGAAACAGCUAGAAGUCUACACAUAGCUUUGAACACAUUAAACGUUAUCCUAUUCAUUUGGCAAAUCCCCACUGGAAUUGACAUUGUCUUCAAAGUAUUCGAAUUUGCCAACUGGCCUUGAAUUGCUCGGAGUUUGAAGGUCGAGUUGUCUGCAUUCUUGUGUGUAAGCAUUCGCAAUAGAAGAGAUUCUACUUAGUGUGUUUAAGUCGUUCUACACUAGCUGUAAUGGCCCUUUCAAGGAUUUGUCUAGGAUGAAUAGUCAGGAUGUCAAAACUAGUUGUGUAAGUAUGGGUACAUUAAUCAAUCUACUAUGCCUCAGUUCACAAUUAGUUGUGGUUUACUAUGUUAA